AAGCCCCGCCUACCACUCAGAAGUCUUGCCAGCUGAACUACAUGUCAGGCCUGUGUUUGCUUUGGAAGCAGUUGUUCAACCUUGCUGAGCAAACUGAUCUGCCUGUUCAGUUACAUCGGAAGGAAAAUGGCCCCAUGUGAGCAACAAGUUCAACCGUUUGACACUCGUUCCUAAGCUCUUACAAAGGGCAAGACCAAUUCUCCUCGUGUUUUCUUGGUCGUGUGGGCAGUCUGUUUCUACCACAUAUCUCAGCUGUCUUUGAGAAACCUAUGUCUUCCCCACAGCUUCCAGCCUUCUUAUGGGACAAGCAUACACUAACCACUACCUUAUCCGAUCCUGCUUACCUGGUCAAAGUCCUCUUCUUCUUUGCACUCCUCAUGACUCUGGUCACAUUACUUAUCCUAGUCUGGAAGGUAACCAGAGACAAAGGCAACAAAAACAGAGAACCAGACCAAAGAAAGGAGGCAACAUUGCUGGCUUGAAGACCUAUGGUUCUUGGUGGAGACUCCAUUGAGGUGAAGACCUGGAGGCCAAGAGGCGGACCACUUAGGAGCUGUCUUAAAAGUAGAGCGUGGGAUAGAAGAACAGCUUCGGGCACUGCAUCCCCCCUGCCAGAUGCUCCCCUUGGCCUCCUCCUCUAUGGCCACUUCUGCUAUAAUUCACAUUCAUUCUGCUGCUCUUUGUCUUCUCCAACUCCUGAGUUUAAAUGUCUUCUCUCCGUGGAUCUUUCCAGACUGAAAUUAUAAAUGGCUUUUGAUUUUUGUAUUAACAGAUGAAAAGGAAAAAUGGAGGAUUAAAAAUCACUU